CUUCCUUCCUCGAAUUCCUCCUGUCAGCCAAGUGUCAAGUCAGGGGGAUACAUAAUUUUUCGGACCCUCGCACUGCAAAAGUUCUUCAUUAUCCGAGAGUUGAAUUAAAAUAAGUUUGUAAAAUGCCAUCGGUAGUGAAAUAAAAUAAAACUCCAGGACUUACAAAGCUGAAUCGUUUUGCAGCCCACGCGGUCAACAUGUCCAGGCAUAGUUGGAUUCCAUUCGUCUGCCUGCUGUUCCUGCUCCUUUGGAGCACCGCCUGGGGCAGGACAGCUAAAAGAUCGGAUGUCUAUAUAGCGGGAUUCUUCCCUUAUGGCGAUGGAGUGGAGAAUUCCUACACUGGGCGAGGAGUUAUGCCUAGUGUUAAGCUUGCUCUGGGCCACGUUAACGAGCAUGGAAAAAUACUGGCCAACUACAGGUUGCAUAUGUGGUGGAACGACACUCAGUGCAAUGCUGCUGUGGGCGUAAAGUCCUUCUUCGAUAUGAUGCAUUCGGGUCCGAACAAAGUAAUGCUCUUUGGAGCGGCAUGCACUCAUGUGACCGAUCCUAUUGCCAAGGCCAGCAAGCACUGGCACCUCACCCAACUGAGCUAUGCGGAUACCCAUCCCAUGUUCACCAAGGAUGCAUUCCCCAAUUUCUUUCGGGUGGUGCCCUCGGAGAAUGCCUUUAAUGCGCCACGUUUGGCCCUUCUCAAGGAGUUCAACUGGACGAGGGUGGGCACUGUUUACCAAAAUGAACCCCGCUAUUCGCUGCCCCACAAUCAUAUGGUGGCUGACUUGGAUACCAUGGAGGUAGAGGUGGUGGAGACCCAGAGUUUUGUCAACGAUGUGGCCGAGUCUCUAAAGAAACUUCGCGAAAAGGAUGUGAGGAUCAUCUUGGGCAACUUCAACGAGCACUUUGCUCGCAAAGCCUUCUGCGAGGCUUACAAAUUGGACAUGUAUGGCAGAGCUUACCAGUGGCUGAUUAUGGCCACAUACUCGACUGAUUGGUGGAAUGUCACACAGGACAGCGAGUGCAGUGUGGAGGAGAUUGCCACAGCCCUGGAAGGUGCCAUUCUAGUGGAUCUGCUGCCCUUGUCCACCAGUGGUGAUAUCACUGUGGCUGGUAUAACUGCAGAUGAGUAUCUUGUGGAAUAUGAUAGACUUCGGGGAACUGAAUAUUCCCGCUUUCAUGGUUAUACCUAUGAUGGAAUUUGGGCAGCUGCCCUAGCUAUUCAGUAUGUGGCUGAAAAGCGCGAGGAUCUGCUAACACAUUUUGAUUAUCGAGUUAAGGAUUGGGAGAGUGUCUUUCUGGAGGCUCUGAGAAAUACGUCCUUUGAGGGUGUGACGGGUCCCGUGCGUUUCUAUAAUAAUGAAAGGAAGGCUAACAUCCUAAUUAAUCAGUUCCAGUUGGGACAAAUGGAAAAGAUAGGCGAAUACCACUCACAAAGAGCCCACCUGGAUUUAAGUUUGGGGAAACCAGUGAGAUGGGUAGGAAAAACUCCUCCCAAAGAUCGAACUUUGAUCUAUAUUGAGCACAGCCAGGUCAACCCAACAAUUUACAUUGUAUCGGCUAGUGCAUCGGUUAUUGGUGUUAUUAUUGCUACCGUAUUUCUGGCCUUUAACAUCAAGUAUCGGAAUCAAAGGUACAUCAAGAUGUCCAGUCCGCAUCUGAACAACCUCAUUAUUGUGGGCUGUAUGAUGACCUAUCUUAGCAUAAUUUUCCUAGGACUGGAUACCACUCUAAGCAGUGUGGCAGCUUUUCCUUAUAUUUGCACAGCGCGAGCAUGGAUUUUGAUGGCUGGGUUCAGCCUGAGCUUUGGAGCCAUGUUCUCGAAGACGUGGCGGGUGCAUUCGAUAUUCACCGAUCUUAAGCUUAACAAGAAGGUGAUCAAGGACUAUCAGUUGUUUAUGGUUGUAGGAGUGCUGUUGGCCAUUGAUAUAGCCAUCAUAACCACCUGGCAGAUAGCAGAUCCCUUUUACCGGGAGACUAAACAAUUGGAACCACUGCAUCAUGAGAAUAUUGAUGAUGUUUUGGUGAUACCCGAAAACGAGUACUGCCAGUCCGAGCACAUGACCAUAUUUGUUAGCAUUAUUUAUGCCUACAAAGGCCUACUAUUGGUCUUUGGAGCCUUUUUGGCCUGGGAAACUCGACAUGUUUCCAUACCAGCAUUGAACGACUCCAAGCAUAUUGGUUUCUCCGUUUAUAAUGUGUUCAUUACCUGCCUGGCAGGAGCGGCUAUAUCCCUGGUGCUAUCGGAUCGCAAGGAUUUAGUUUUUGUCUUACUCUCGUUUUUUAUCAUUUUUUGUACGACAGCCACUUUGUGUUUGGUGUUCGUACCGAAAUUGGUGGAGCUGAAAAGGAAUCCCCAGGGCGUCGUGGACAAGAGAGUGAGGGCCACCUUAAGACCCAUGUCCAAGAACGGGCGACGGGACUCCUCGGUCUGCGAACUGGAGCAGCGUCUGCGGGAUGUAAAGAACACAAACUGUCGAUUCCGAAAGGCUCUGAUGGAGAAGGAGAACGAACUGCAGGCCUUGAUCCGCAAACUGGGACCCGAGGCACGGAAAUGGAUCGAUGGUGUGACCUGUACAGGUGGCUCUAAUGUGGGCAGUGAACUGGAGCCAAUCCUAAGCGAUGACAUUGUCAGGUUAUCGGCUCCACCGGUGCGACGCGAAAUGCCCAGCACAACAGAAGUUACCGAGAUGACGUCCGUGGACAGUGUGACCUCAACCCAUGUGGAAAUGGAUAACUCCUUUGUGUCGGUGCAGUCCACAGCAAUGGCACCAUCGCUUCCACCCAAAAAGAAAAAACAAUCAAUUGUGGAGCAUCACUCGCAUGCCCCUGCUCCCACCAUGAUGCAGCCCAUUCAGCAACAGUUACAACAACAUUUGCAACAACAUCAGCAAAUGCAACAGCAACACCAACAGCAGCAGCAGCAGCAACACCAGCAGAUGCAACAGCAGCAACAGCAGCAGCAUCACCAGCAGCAACAUCACCGCCAUCUGGAGAAGAGGAACUCGGUGUCGGCCCAGACUGACGACAAUAUCGGUAGCAUUACCAGCACGGUGGGCAAGCGAAGCACUGGAGAUUGUUCUACCAUGCGGGAACGACGACAGUCGACUGCUUCGAGACACUAUGACAGUGGAAGCCAAACACCCACUGCCCGGCCAAAGUACAGCAGCUCGCACCGGAACUCCUCCACGAACAUCUCCACCUCGCAAUCGGAGUUGAGCAAUAUGUGCCCCCACUCGAAGCCCAGCACUCCGGCUGUGAUUAAGACUCCCACUGCCUCGGACCAUCGCCGCACCAGCAUGGGCUCCGCCCUGAAGUCCAACUUCGUGGUGUCGCAGAGUGAUCUCUGGGACACGCACACGCUGUCGCACGCCAAGCAGCGCCAGUCGCCGCGCAACUACGCCAGUCCGCAGCGCUGUGCGGAGCACCAUGGCGGGCACGGGAUGGGCUAUGACGCCAAUACCAUAUCGCCCAUCCAGCGGUCCGUCUCGGAGAAGAACCGUAACAAACACCGACCGAAGCCGCAAAAGGGAACGGUGUGCCAGAGCGAGACGGACAGCGAACGGGAAAGAGAUCCACCGCCCAGCAGUCAGCCAUGCAAUCAGCCGCGAAAGGUCAGCAGGAGUUCCAAUAUCCAGCAUGCCGCCCACCAUCACAGUUCGCCAAAUGUGGCGCCGGACAAGCAAAGGAACAGGCAGCGUGGCAAACAGGAAAGCAGUAUCUAUGGGGCCAGCAGCGAAACGGAACUCCUCGAAGGCGAAACGGCCAUUCUACCCAUCUUCCGGAAACUCCUUACCGAGAAGAGUCCCAACUAUCGGGGCCGGAGUGCCGUUGGCCAGAGCUGUCCGAAUAUAUCCAUUAAAUGCGAUAUCGUCGAGUACUUGUAGGCGGCGCGAGGGAUAUACAUUAUGUAGUCGAACUCCUAUUGUUAGAUCCAGUUGCAGUGUAAAGAUUACCUUUGUUUUUUCUCGUUAUGCAUCUACAUACUAUGUGAGGCAGGACACACACCAUUUAGAGAACUAGUAGCAAUGACAUGAGAUAGUUGAGAAAUAAAUUACAAUUUAAAUUAAU